AUGAGUGAGCAGCAGAAACUCAUCAAUCGACGAAAGGUCCUACUUUCCAAACUGGGGAGAGCGGAGGAGUUUAUCACCAACUACAAUCCUGAGAAAGACCAACGUGAGCUACCUCUACGCCUGGAGUACUUGGACAGUGUGUGGAACGGAUUAGAAGAAGUUCAGCUACUAUUGGAAGAUGAGGAAACCACAAGUAAGGGUAUGGAGAGCAACAAAGAAAUUCGUUUUGCUUAUGAAUCUCUCUACUUUAAAAUAAAGGCUGCUCUUCAAUCUCGUUUACCCCUUCCAUCUACUAAAAACGAUUCUCCUUCUCCUAUAUCUGGGCUUUCUGGACUGAAACUACCCACUAUUACACUGCCAGAGUUUAAUGGGGAUUACAGCCAAUGGUUGGCUUUCCACGAUACUUUCGAUGCGUUAAUUAACACGAAUGUCGAUGUUCCAGACAUCCAAAAGUUUCACUACCUUCGUGCUGCGGUCAAAGGUGAAGCCGCUCAGCUUAUUGAAACCCUUGCUAUCAGUUCUGAAAAUUACCGUAUCGCAUGUCAAACGCUAAUCUCACGUUACGCCAAUGAUUAUUUGCUGAAGAAACGGCAUAUUCAGGCUUUGCUGGAUUGUCCACGUGUAAAAAGGGAAUCCGCAGAAGCUCUUCAUGGUGUUGUGGACGCAUACGAGCGUCACACAAAAAUUCUUUGUCAGCUUGGUGAACCAGUUGACAACUGGAGCACUAUACUUGAACAUUUGCUAUGUAUGCGACUUGACGAUAUAACGUUGAAAGCCUGGGAAGAUUAUGCUUUUACCGUUGAAACCCAAAGUUUUGCUCAGCUCACCGCAUUUCUUCACCGUAGAAUACGCGUCCUCGAAUCAAUGUCCGUUAACCACCAAUCGCAACAUUCCACAAAUUCCAACGAUCACUUCGCCAGUUCUCGUCGACAAUCUUUCCAACGAAUUGCAUCACAUGUAAAUGCCGAAACACCGCAACGAAAAUGCUACGCUUGCCAUCAGCAACAUCCACUGAUAAAGUGUGAGCGAUUCCAAAGAAUGAAUUUACCCGACCGCCUAAGCUUAACCAAUAAUCACCGCCUCUGCCAGAAUUGCUUCCGCAAUGACCACUUCGCCCGCAACUGCCCGUCCACCUACUCAUGUCGUCGCUAUCAGAAGAGGCAUCAUACUCUGCUUCAUCCUGGGUUCCAGCCCGCUGAACAUCCGCAUCAUCGUCCGUCAUCACCGCCGCCCCGAACCAGCACCAACGUAUCCUGCGAACAGAAUGCACGUUCCAUCGCCCAAACCGCUACGACUUCCAACAAUUCCGCAGCGUUCCAGUCCUGCAAUCCAGUUCCGUAG